AUGCCCCCCAAGCGACCGCAGGCUCUAGAGCAACUUCAUGUUGCACCUCGAGACAAAGCAGUGUCUAUCACAGAUACCAUGACCCUAGUUGUGAAAGGAGAGGGUGGUGUGGAGAUGCGUGUGAAGCAGACGGGUAUAGCUAAAGGUCCUUGUUCACAGUCAGCUGGCAGCCAACCAAAAUCGGACGCUGUCAUGAACAAGAUCAAUUUUGAGGAUUUACGUAUUGGCUCAGAGCUUGGAAAGGGAUCUCAAGGCAAGGUACGCGUAGCACAGCACAAAAUUACCGGUAAGAAGUACGCAAUGAAAUAUAUCACUUUUGAUGGAGACUCUGAUGACAUGCGUUCCGCUUUGGAAGCAGAGCUGAGGCAGGUGGCUGCGGUGAAGCACCACAACAUUGUUUCUUCUUAUGAGGCGUUUUUCCGCGACGGUCGACUUUACAUUGUCCUUGAGUAUAUGGACUGCGGCACCAUGAAUAGUCUUAUCGAACGACAUCCAGAGGGCUUUACUGAAGAUAUGCUCGCAUAUAUUGCACGCGAGCUCUUCAGAGGCCUAGAGUUUCUCCAUCAGCUGAAUAUGAUUCACCGCGAUAUCAAACCUGCUAACGUCCUGGCAAAUACGAAGGGGGAAAUCAAAAUUUCGGAUUUUGGUGUCGCAAAAACACUUUCUGGUGAUGAUAUUCAAACCCUCUCUGCACAAGGGUCGAUGCCGUACAUGAGCCCGGAGAGAAUACAGUCGAAGCCGUACUCGUUCAACAGUGACAUCUGGAGCGCUGGGCUGACAAUUGCGGAGUGUGCAUUUCGAGAAUACCCCUUUGCUUCGAUGAAGCCGAAAUUGUUUGAGCUGUGCCAGACGAUAGCUUCGGGUACAGCGAAGAUUAACUGGGAUGAGCGAAAAACAAAAUUUAGCGAAGAGUUCAAAGAGUUUAUUGAGCUUUGUCUACGCCCAGAGGCUACACGCCCGAGCGCAACAGAAAUGCUGAGCCACUCACUUAUUCAAAAGGCGAAUAAUGUGAAUCCUCUUGAAGUGGGCAGGUGGAUGUCCCCAAAGAAGUGA